AUAAGCUAGAGCAAGUGAAGUUGUUGGAUCACUUUUUUAGCUAGCAGAAGCUACUAGUAUGAAGAAAAUAUUACUUUCUAUAAUAAAUCUUUUUUUCCUUAUUACUCAUGUUUCAGGCAGUAUCUCCUUCAUUAUUGUACCAGUGACACAAUAUGUAUAUGUCAAUGAUACUGUGACAUUUGAAUGUGCAACUAAUUUGUCUGGGUAUAACACUAAUCUUAUGAUUCAUACUAAUCCAUCAGUUAAAGUCAAAUUUAAUUUUGGAUAUGUCCUCAACCUAACAGCAACAAGCGAAGCAAAUGGUACAGAAGUUAUCUGUAAAGCACCUAAUGGAGCUACCACUGAACCAGCAUACCUAUAUGUACAAGGCCCACCUGAUAGUGUCAUUGGUAUCCUCCAUUCACACUACCAGGACUAA